CUUCUGGAUUCUCGGUGGCCGGAGAUUCAUGGCGACGGCUAACGGAGCAAAGAGUCCGUCGAGUAUGGGCCCUAAGGUUUUGUUUUAUUCUAUAUUGCUUACACUUCAGUACGGAGCCCAGCCUCUGAUCUCCAAACGCUGCAUCGGGAAGGACGUUAUUGUUACUUCAUCUGUUUUGACGUGCGAGAUUGUUAAGGUCAUAUGUGCUCUGAUUCUCAUGGCAAGAAAUGGUAGUUUGAAGGGAUUAUCAAAAGAGUGGACGUUGAUGGGAUCCUUGACUGCAUCUGGACUUCCUGCAGCCAUAUAUGCACUGCAGAACAGUUUGCUGCAGAUCUCAUACAGGAGUCUUGAUUCCCUGACGUUUUCAAUUCUGAAUCAGACGAAAAUCUUUUUCACUGCAUUCUUUACAUUCAUAAUACUAAGGCAGAAGCAAUCACUUCAACAAAUAGGAGCGUUGUGUCUAUUGAUCAUGGCAGCAGUCCUUCUAAGUGUUGGAGAAGGCUCUAACAAAGAUUCAAGUGGCAUUAGUGCGGAUCAAAAGCUGUUUUAUGGAAUUAUCCCGGUCUUGGCAGCCUCUGUGCUCUCGGGUUUAGCUUCUUCUCUAUGUCAAUGGGCUUCUCAGGUUAAGAAGCAUUCAUCAUACUUAAUGACGGUUGAAAUGUCUAUUGUUGGAAGCCUCUGCUUAUUAGUAAGCACCCUUAAAUCUCCAGAUGGUGAAGCUAUUAAAAGAUAUGGCUUCUUUCAUGGUUGGACAGCUUUAACACUGGUCCCAGUGAUAAGCAACGCCCUUGGUGGGAUUCUUGUUGGCUUAGUUACAUCACAUGCCGGUGGUGUAAGAAAGGGAUUUGUGAUUGUGUCGGCAUUACUUGUGACAGCGCUACUUCAGUUUGCGUUUGAAGGAAAACCGCCAUCAUCGUAUUGCCUGGUGGCUCUCCCUCUUGUGAUGAGUAGUAUCUCACUGUACCAGAAAUAUCCAUACCUUGACAAGAAGAAGAAGAAGGUUUAAGAAGAACAUUCCAUUCACAGAAUAGCUGCUAAAAAAUCAACAAUGAGAUAUCUU